CGCACUAAAGUAAUUAAAUACGUAUUUAAAAUACAUAAUGAGUUAUGACUACAAUUCUAGCCUUUCUGAAGACUGACUCGUAGUCCCCUCUACACGUUCCUUGUCAUCCAAUGAGAAGGACAUAUCCAUUUCCAGGAAGUGAUCUAACCGGGAACCCUUACCUCACGUGAGCUAAACCGUACCACGCGCAGCAACCCCGAACCGGCUCGGGAGGCAACGUCGGAAAAUAGCAGCCAGGUACAAACAUCAGAAGUGAGAUUGGAGACGCGACAAAACAGCAACUACCAAGGAGUCUGCUGAAACGAUUCAAGAAAGAUGGCGGACGACCCCAGUGCUGCAGACAGGAACGUGGAGAUCUGGAAGAUUAAGAAGUUGAUUAAAAGCCUUGAAGCUGCCAGAGGGAAUGGCACGAGUAUGAUCUCUCUAAUCAUCCCCCCGAAGGACCAGAUUUCUCGAGUGGCCAAGAUGUUGGCUGAUGAGUUCGGCACAGCCUCUAAUAUCAAAAGUAGAGUCAACCGCCUCUCUGUGCUAGGAGCAAUCACAUCUGUACAACAGAGACUCAAGCUCUACAACAAGGUGCCACACAAUGGCUUGGUGGUGUAUUGCGGAACCAUUGUAACUGAAGAGGGCAAAGAGAAGAAAGUCAACAUUGACUUUGAGCCUUUCAAACCAAUCAACACAUCCCUGUAUCUGUGCGAUAACAAAUUCCACACGGAGGCUCUUACUGCAUUGCUGUCAGAUGACAGUAAAUUUGGCUUCAUUGUGAUUGAUGGGAGUGGUGCGCUCUUUGGGACUCUCCAGGGGAACACUAGAGAAGUGCUUCACAAGUUCACUGUGGACCUUCCCAAAAAACACGGUAGAGGAGGUCAGUCUGCCUUGCGUUUUGCCCGUCUGAGAAUGGAGAAGAGGCACAACUAUGUACGCAAGGUGGCAGAGACAGCAGUGCAGCUCUUCGUUUCCAACGACAAGGUCAACGUCGCUGGCCUGGUACUCGCCGGAUCAGCAGACUUCAAGACGGAACUAAGUCAGUCGGAUAUGUUCGAUCCGAGGUUACAAGCAAAGGUCCUGAAGCUGGUGGACAUCUCGUAUGGAGGAGAGAAUGGUUUCAACCAGGCCAUUGAGCUCUCUGCUGAGGUCUUGUCCAAUGUCAAGUUCAUACAAGAGAAGAAACUGAUCGGAAGAUACUUUGAUGAGAUCAGUCAGGACACGGGGAAGUACUGUUUUGGUGUGGAGGACACCUUGAAGGCUUUGGAAAUGGGAGCGGUGGAGAUCCUCAUAGUCUACGAGAACCUGGACACCAUGCGUUAUGUUCUGCGGUGCCAUGGCGCCGAGAGCAACGGACCAGAGAAUGAUGAGAAGACUUUGUUUUUGACUCCAGAGCAAGAGAAGGACAAAUCUCAUUUCACAGACAAAGAGACAGGACAAGAGCACGAGCUGAUCGAAAGUAUGCCUCUGCUGGAGUGGUUUGCCAACAACUACAAGAGGUUUGGAGCCACGCUGGAGAUAGUCACCGACAAGAGCCAAGAGGGGUCACAGUUUGUUAAAGGCUUUGGUGGAAUCGGGGGGCUUUUGCGCUACCGGGUGGAUUUCCAGGGAAUGGAUUAUCAGGGUGAAGAUGAUGAGUUCUUUGAUUUGGAUGACUACUAGGUAGUCAGGACUGAACUAUGAUCAAUGACAAAAUCAAAUGUAAGGAUUCAUCCAGGCCAAUUGGGAGAGAGAGAACAUGUGAGUCCUCGAGAGGACGAACGGAGCAAUGUGAGAAGUUUAAAAAAAACAUAAACAAAGUAUAAUAGUAUAUAUAUGUUGUAUCCCUGACUUUAAAAAAAGAACACACAAAGUAAUGAACUUUUGGGUCGGACUGAGUCUAGGUUUUGCUCCUCUCCCCUCUCUGUGAAGGUAUGAAGUGUCAGAAAGGCCCAGUUAUCCCCCCUCCCCCUAAAACUCACCUUUCUCCAAGAUACAGAUGGGCUUCAAGCAUUGGCUUGUGUAAAAAUAAUCUUUUUAUACCCUGUCAUUUCUCUUUUCUUUCUUUUUUUUAUUGCUCACAUAUUACCCACUGUUUUUGCAUUUUAUAGCUUAUUUUAAAUUGUAUUGAUUUGUUCUUAUUUUUGCUUUUAUUUCCAUCUUUUUCACACUGUUUAUGAAGUUGAUUGGUUUGCACUACUGCAUUUAGGUCUAUAGGGUUGAAGUGAGUGGAGUUGGGUUUUCAGCCCAGUUCUACCCAAGGACUCUCCUUUUCUUUUCAGCUUGGUUAUCGGUUCUCUGUGGUUUGUUCAGGAUUCUGUGUAAUUGGUUAGUGGUUGAUCCGAACAUAGCCGCACAGGUGCCAUUCAUCAUCCAUCCAUCUAUCCACCUAGCUGCUUCCUCACUUGCCUUCUCUUCCAUUCUCUCCUUCUGUCACUGUGACUGAUAGUGCCCUCUGAGCCAGCUCAAUCCCCUCUACUGAUCUUCCCAGGUGAGCGGUGGGCAAGAUGGAUGUCACUGCUCUCCUAGUCUCACAGCAGGGGCUUCUUCAUACGAUGCCCAGCCACACUCCCAGUCGUGGAGCCCCCCUCAUGCAGUGUGAUGAGAGAUUGGGCCCUAAAGCUGACCUCCAGUUAGCCUCCCGUUUGCCCAAAGUGUCUAAGAUGGUAGAGCACAAAUGAUGCUGAGGCUUUGACAUUGAUGUCGACUGUUUUUCUCCAGUUAGGCCAGAUUGAUCUCAUUUUAGCCGUGUGUGUGUGGGGGGGGGGGGUUGUAUUUCCUGGCAUAUUAACUGGUGUGCUUGUGAAUAUGUGCUGAGCCUUUGAAAUUCUCUCUCUCUUCUGUGGCAGAAAGAGAUGUCUUUGUGGGUUAUGCAUGUGUGUGUUUGUGAGGGCACUUUAAAACUAUGCAGGAGUGAGGCAGUGAAUGUUUGGUACCGUUUGUAUUUAUAGAUGCUUUGUCCAGUUCUGUUUGGCCAGCUGCCUGCCCUCGUCAGGUCUGAGAACCUCCAUAGCCUAGCCUGCAGCAAACAGCAUUGAACCUAAGCCUUUCCACAGGAACAUGUCAAUUGUUACUAGAUGAAGGUGGCCCUCCUCUCAAGUGUCUGCUGCAAGACUAAAAAGAUGUGACGGACCUGGCACUGUCAUUAGCUGUUGAAGCUGUGGACCAUACCAGUGACUGCUUUGAUUUAAGACCCCUUUUAUUUUUAAGAGGGUUUUACUGACAACCUCACCAAGGGAUGUCAAGCUGUAAAACAUCUCGAUAUACCUAACCUUAUGUUAAGAAAUGCAUUGUCUCUUGUUUUCUUUGUCAUCACUAUUUUGUAUAAAUCAUUUAUUACAAAUGACCACAACUAUUAAACAAUUCCAUUGUUUGCAA